CACAGUGCAGUGCAGUGGACCAAAACGCAAAACCAAUACCAAUCAAUAUGAAAUUCGCUUUAAUUUUACUUAUGACUGGCUUCGCCUGUAUUCUGGCCGCACCCGUUGCUGAUGAGCAACAAGCAGCCGAACCCGACGCGUCCGUUAAGGCCAAGCGCGGACUGACAUUUGGCCUCGGCUACCAUCAUGCUCCACUAGUAACCCACUCGCAUUACGUUGCCGCCCCAACUUACGUGCACCACGCGCCAAUAAUUUCUCAUGCACCGCUCAUCUCCCACGCGCCGCUUAUUUCGCAUCACUCGGCAGUCUCCUAUCACCUGCCCACCUACCAUUCCAUUCAUCAUUUUUAAGCAGCACACGAUGCCUCAACACAAGCAACAGCAAUAGCAACAGCUGUUGGCAUCAACAGUCAGCACGUGCAACCUACAAAAGUCAUCAACAGCAGCAGCAGCAACAGCAACAGCAGCAGCAACAUCGACAGCAACUUUUUAAUAUUCCUCAGAGUUUUUGCCCACUGAGCUUCUCUCCCGUAAAUUUGUCAAAGUUACCCUCAACACAACAUGUUUAUCCAUUUGCUUUUGU